AUGAAUUAAAAAGAAUGCGAUAAUUUUAGAGAUUAUAAAGAAAGAUUAUUAGAUUAAGCUUAAUAAAUUAAUCAAAAACAUACUCUAAAGUAUAGUGAUUUAAAUGAACAAGUUCUUUUUUAUUAAGGAGAAUUAAAUAAAUAAAAAUUAAGAGAUUAUUGGAUUAAUGGGAUAAUGGAUUUAAAGAUUUAGAAUUUGAGAGAAAUAGAUUAUUAGUAAGAGUCUAAGAGUUCGAUAGAUUAGAACAUAAAUUAGGUAGUAACAAUAAUUGAAUCAGAUGUUGAAUUGGAUAUAGUUAGAAGAAUGAGAGGAAUACAUAUUAUUGAAAAAAUACUACAUCCAAAUCGAUAUGAAAUUCCAAGAGAAGUAUCGUAUAUCCUCCUUUAUAAAAUAAUGACAUUUUAAAAUUAAGGAGAGGUCUUUAUAUUUGAAAUAAGAAAUAAUAGAGAGCAUUAUAUGAAGCUGAAUAUUUGA